CCCGGACGAAAUACCAUUUUUUGGGAAACUGAGCGUGAAGCGAUGAAUGCUGUUGUUGCGACACCUUUUCGCGUUACGUGGUGUCGUAGACGAGCGGUCAGUUUUCAGCAAGUCCGAGGACUGAGAAAUGAGUGGAAUGGAGGUAAGGAGGUGAAAGUCGCUAGAGAUGGGACCGAGUUGGAACCGGCUGUUGCCAAGAGGAUUUUGCAGUUGAUUCAUGCGCCGAUGAUGCAGGAGGUGGUGGGCGGGCCUGCUUAUUAGGUUGGUAAGGUGGAGGUAUUUGUUAGUAUAAGAAGGGAGUUUGGAUUUCGUGCUUUUUGAGCAGGGGGUGAUGCCUGCUUGGUAGGUAGGUAGAGUUGUUUGUUGGUACACUGAGAUGUGGGAGUGGGUAAUCAUGGUAUAUGGAUGGGUUGGCGUUUUUGGACUUUGGGGGUGGUGGUGUGAUGGAAGUACAAGAGAUAGAUCACAGAGGUCUCCUGCAUACAUGAAAGUGAGAAUCAGAUGGGGAGCGAGGGAUUAUCGUAUAUGGAUCGGUUGGCGUUUUGGACUUGUUGGGUGGUGGUGUGAUGGAAGUACAAGACAUGGAACACAGAGGUAUCUUAC